UGCGUGCGAGAUCUCAUCUCAGCGUCUGAAACCAGGAAACCCUCAAACACAAUCAGUCUAAAUCUUUGCAGCUUCUCAGACCUGCAACAACAAUCGCUUUGAAUGCUUUCAGUCUCACUUUGAGACAGGAAGACUGAUUUCUACAGACACUCUUAAUAAUAUUACCAGUACUAGUAUACUGUACUGCAGUCACCAUGCUUUAUUAGUGAUCACUAGUUUUAUAUAUGAUGAAGAGAUGAAAAGUAACUAUAAACAAACUGGGCUUUGACCUAAAAAGAGUGGCUCACUUCUCUCAUGUUGUUCCAAUCAUUCUGGUUUACUGGAUGAAUGUUGUCUUUUUAUGUUUUGAUAUUAUUAUUAUCAUUAGCGCUGCGAAUAAUGAUUAUUUAAAUUACCGUUCAGUUUGAGGAUUAUCUUUUGAUCAAUCAAUUUCUCUUUGUAAAAGGAAAAACGGCAAAAGGAUGCCCUUAAACCCAAGAUGAUGUCUUUGAAUGGGAGGUUUUGUCCGAGCGGCAGUUCAAACUAAAUGAUACAAAACAGAGAAAAAGCAACAAUUCAUCAUCGUUUCAGCUCUAAUUAUUGUAUUUUCUUAUUAUAACUUUAUUUAUAGACAAGACAAAACUAAGGUACAAUUUAAACUGUUCAAUAAAAAAAAAAAUCUAAUAAAUACAAAUCUAGAGAAAAUGCAGUAAAAGAAAUAAACAGUACAAAUAAAAGCAUAACAUCACAUGAAAGCCAGUCUGUGAAGAUUAAGUUUUAGUUUACCAAUGAUGCUGCGAGCCUUAUCCACUCAUGCUGGUGGCUUGAAAGCCGAGGGCCCUGAUGGCAAAAGUACAGUCACCUUUAGAAGCUGCAAUUUGACUGAUACGGCGUCAAAAUCUCUGCCAGACGUGCUUUAAAAGUGAUCAAUGAAAUCUUGAAAUAAAUUCUGAGACGAACAGGGAGCCGGUAGAGAGAAGUCAGGGUUGGAGUGACGUAACGUCGUCUGUUAAAACUGUUGUGAAACCUGCCAGAUCACAAACGUAAUCUUCUUUUCUGUAGCAAUUUGCAGUGAUCAUGUCUGCACAUUUCAUUAAAAAGCAUAGAAAAGUAGCUGGCCUUCAUUUUAAAUGGCUAUAACACACAUCUAAAGACAAAGGCAUGAUGUUUGGCUUGAAUCAGGAAGUGGUCAUGAAACAGCAAAGGUAGAGAAAGCAGAAGUGUGUCUGGCAGUCAGACAGUCACACUGAAUGUUCCUCUGACAGACUGGCAUCCCUGAGCAGCAGCGGCAGCAUGACAAGCAACUGUUCGCUGGAAGCGGUGGACCACCUGAUGAGAUAUUUGGAGCUGGCCAUCUACAUCCCCAUCUUCCUCUUUGGUUUGAUUCUAAAUGCUGCGGCGCUCUUAGUGUUCUGUGUCUUCCUGCGGAAAUGGACAGAGUCAACGAUCUACAUGACCAGCUUGGCUCUGAUGGACAUGCUCCUCCUCUUCCCUCUUCCUUUCAAAAUGUACGCCACCAAUUACCUCUGGCCUGCCUACCUCCAACCUCUCUGUUCGGUCUUGGAGAGCCUGUAUUUCGUUGGGAUAUACGGCAGCAUCUACACCAUCAUGUGCAUAUCCGUGGACCGAUGGGUGGCUAUCUGCCACCCGUUCAAAGCCAAGCAACUGCGUUCACCCAAAGUGGCCCUGGGGACCUGCAUCGGGGUCUGGGUGCUGGUGCUGGCGGCGGUCUCUUGGACCACCUCUCGCUUCAGGGAGACCAAGCAGACGGACUUCCACUGCUUCCACCGCUUUGCAGAGGAAGGCUGGAGCCCUCCGAUAAUCAUCUGCCUGCUGGUGUUCGGGUUCCUGGGGCCUACGUUGGUGGUGGUCUACUGUUCGGCCCGGACCAUCUGGGCGCUUUGGCAGUCUGGCCAGCACAGCCCCCAGAGCCGGGCCUGCGUGAAGAUCAUCUUCAGCAGUCUGAGUGCCUUCCUGCUUCCUUUCACCCCCAGCCACCUGGGCAUCCUGCUGCAGUUCCUGGUACGUCAAGGAAUGAUUCAAGACUGCGGCAGCAAGACCAGGAUCAGCCUGUUCAUACAGACGGCGAUGUGCCUCUCCAACAUCACCUGCUGCCUGGACGCUCUGUGCUACUACUUCAUCGCCCACGAGGUGAGGAGCCCCAAGCACACCUUCAGGAUAUCAAUGGUCAGCCAGAGAAGAGCCACCAACAGCACUUCAGAGGUCUGAGCACACGCUUGACUGUUAAAGUUGAAAUGUAUAUCCGUACACGGGAGGCCGGUGGGAUGUCUGGCUUGGUGAUUUCUAGCAGGGCAGUGAAGGUGAAAAGGAGGCGGCGAUGUUUCAGCUGACAGGCCAUUAGCAACGGGUCCAUCUCAGUUAACCACAGCGCUUGAGAUUAAGGCUGAAGGGAAAAGAUCUGACGAGCUCGGAUACGUGAUGUGUUCCAGUGACAGGAAGCCCGAAGACGCCUCUGUAACCUCCGAGAACCCCGCUACCCAAAUUGUUGGAGAUUGAGAGAUGGUUACUGAUUACGAGUCAUUUCCAAGCUUUAUAAUCGGCCAACAAUAAAUCAUUGCAGAGCUUUGCAGUCUGCUGUAUUCGCUCAAGAAGUCAAGUCAAAGGCGCAAACCAGUUAAGCAGAUGCACUUUGGAGCAAUUUGGUUCAAUGGCAUCUCAUCUAUAAAAUGUAGAUUUAAAUAAAAAGUCAAUUUGAAAACGUAAGCAAGUGGUAAAUGUAACUGACAAUAUUUUAUUUAAAUAUUAAUUCAUAUAUUUACUUACCUAAUAUCAAGACACCAACCAGUUGAGAUCCGAAAACACAUUAAUGUAAUUGAUUAUUAUUCAUUGAUAAUUAGUUAUAAAUUGAAAACUGAUUUUUGUCAUCUUAAAUUGAUACUAAUAUUUUGUUACUUUCGUAAUUAUUGACAUUGUAUUACUGUAGUUUGUUCUUCAACACAUUUUAGGAAAUAUUACUUACAAGUAACUUCAUCUAUUUCUAAGAAAACUGGGAAUAUAGCUUCAAAAAAAAAAAUAUAUUACUUUUUGUGGAGAGGUUACAUUUGUGUAUCAAUCAUGUACAUUUCUUCUUUCUUAAAUGUAUGUGACCACUAUAUAUAGCUAUAUUUAAUAUAUAUAUAUAUAUAUAUAUAUAUAUAUAUAUAUAUAUACACAUAUUUAUUAAAUAUAGAACAUGCUAUUAGUCAUGAUGACAUAUGUAAUGUAUAAAUAUAAUUUUUUUAUUACAUUGUUUUACAAUGUAAUAAAAAAAUGUGCAAUAAUGUUUUUCAAAUUGUUAAAAGCCAGCUAUUAACAGCCUUUACCUGUGUACUAAGACUGUUGUGAUAUUAUUAUGUUCACGAGGACAUUUGAUUGAUGUGAACGUCUGAACCCAGAAGGGAAGUUAACCUUGCAUCACAUUACGCCGCUCAUGUUAGGUAGACAGAGUUACCUUGAGGUAGAAGUGGAAGGUUUUUCACCAGUCUCGAUUAGGCGAUUUUGUGUGUAUUAAUGCAGUUUUUAUUGUAUAAAACAUUUGUAUUCCGUAAGAGUGUCAUGUUUUGGUUUAGUUCAUCACUUGAGUCUCGAUACAUCUGCACCAGCCUCCUCUGUGUUGACUUUCUUUGUUAUUCGUCUGUGCUCAAUUCAGUGUUUUAAUUUCUGUUUCUGAUGUUUUUCCUGAAGUGAAAUUUUUUUUUAUGGAGAUUCUUGAUGCAGUAUUUUUCUGUUCUGCAAAAUAAAGUAAGCCCAGACGAGA